AUGGCGAGGAUAACCAGUCCCUUUGUGUUCGCUGUGUGCCUGUCCGUCCUGUUUGAAGUGUCUUACGCCAUCUGUCGGGUAGACAAUGACUGUUGGAACAAUGAGCUGAACAAUGGUCAGAAGUGUGUCCAUUACAACGUACUCCAGAAUAAGUGGAGUCUAUGUAAAGUAGGACAGGUGUGCUUCUGUGAGACAGGCUGCAAGUCAGGUGAUGCAGUGUGGAUGGAUAUACGUGGUCCUGAUUCUAUGUGUGCUUGUAAUAACCCCGUCACAAACGAGAUGAUUUGUAUUGACAUCUAA